UCAAGUUCGUACAAAUUGAGCAAGAAAAUAUCCAUGACGGCCACACGUUCAUAAGGUUUCCGCUAGUCAAUCCUAAUUGCCUAGUUUUGAAGAACGCGCUAUCUUUAGUGAGCUACAAAAUUGCCUAGUUGCUGUUUCUCUUACGUGUCUGCCAUGUUUCACUUACACUACCGAUUUGUACUUACAAUAGCCCUUUGCGCAUUGUCAUGGACUCAGGCCGCCGGCGCCUUCUCAAGCCUGCUUCUGGGCCGCAUCGUGGGUGGCACUUCAGCGCGUGACAUUGUCGACUUUCCGUAUAUCGUAUCGGUGAGACUGUUCAACAAACACUUCUGCGGCGGCUCGAUCAUCAAUGAACGCACCGUCAUCACCGCCGCCCAUUGCCUAAAAGGCAUCAGUGCUAGUUAUGUGCGCGUUCAUGCGGGCACAAAAUCACGAUCCUCCCAUGAGGGUGUGUUGGUCGACGCCUCCGCUGUACAUUAUGAUCCGCGUUUCAAUAUGGCCACCAUGGACUAUGACAUCGGUUUGGUGCGUUUGGCUAGUGGACUGACUUUUAGCUCAAAGAUCCAACCGAUUGCUUUGCCCACAGAAGGUGAGUUGGUGCUGGAUGGAGAUGUAGCUCUGGUCGCCGGUUGGGGAUUUACAACGCCUCAAGGCAGCGGUUCAUACUUGUUGCGAUACGCUCGUGUUCCGAUUGUUAAUCAAGCUGUGUGUAAUCGCCAAUUGAACGAAUACUUAACGGAUCGAAUGAUCUGCGCCGGCUAUGCGAAGGGUGGCAUCGACGCAUGCCAAAUGGAUUCCGGUGGGCCGCUGGUCGUGGACGAAAAACUGGUGGGCAUUGUUUCGUGGGGUUUGGGUUGUGCGCAACCAAAUAAGCCGGGUGUGUAUACACGCGUCGCCGAGUUGAUACCCUGGGUUGAGAGAACGUUGGCAGAGAAAUACGCAGAUAGCAUUCCAAGAGAUGAAAAGUAAAUAAAAAAUUAAAUUUAAAGUUUAAAAAUAAUUAAAGUUUUGUGCUGAGAUUAAAAGAAAAAUAAAAA